CGAGACUGCGAGGUCGCGGCCAUAGCGAAGAACAACAUCGAGAUGUGCCCUUGGGGGAAGCGGGUGGAGCUCAUUCAAGGAGACGCGCUGGACGUGCUGGAUGAGCUGACGGGCACGAGGACGAGAGAAUUCGACCUCAUCUUCCUCGAUGCAAACAAGAAGCAGUACAGCACCUACUUCACGCGCAUCAUGGAGAAAGAGCUGCUGAGAGUAGGAGGGGUGCUCGUGGUGGACAACACAUUAUGGAAAGGGAGAGUCGCGGAGCUCUACAGCCUAUCGCAGACGGAGAGGGUGGAGAGGAACAAGGAGCUGCAGAGGAAGGGCGUGAUGUCCCUCGUCGCCGCUGACAAGUAUGCGGAGGCAAUGCACGCCUUCAACCAACUCGUGAGAGGAGACGCGAGGGUGGAGGUUGUGAUGCUGCCCGUGAGAGACGGGCUGACUUUGAUCCGAAGAAUCCAAUAGACAUGAUCCCUACCCCUC